UGUUAAAAAUUUCAAACUCAGGGAACUUUUUCACAUAAUAUAUAAUUCAUUAUGAUGGACUUUAAUCGUGAAAUAUAUCUGAAAAGAUCAUUUGCUGAGUGACUAAAUUUAGUUAUGUGAGACAGAUCAAGGUCGUUUAAUAUGUGUGUUCUUUUAUCUUUACAGGCUAGGAUUGGACAGGAAACAAAAUAUAUUUUACUGAGACGAUAACUGGCUGUAAACACAGACAAAGAUGGACUUUGGUGGUUUGGUUGUAGCAACGGGACUGACGUCAUUUCUAUGUCUUCUAGCGUCAAUGUUAUUUCUCUUUCGAUGGAGAUACAGAAUCAACAAAGCUGACAAAUCAAGAAUAGAGAAUAAAUGUGAUUAUGAAAGAAUGGAGACUUUGGGAUUUACAGUUGUUAAUGUCCAACUCCAACAAGACAAUAAUAGCUUGCUUGAGGCGGUAGCUGACCAACUCAUAUUUUCAGGUGUUAACAAGAAAGCAACAGUAAAGGAAACACAGCGAAAUAUAUAUGAAUAUUUUCAGAAUGUUUCCACAUCAUACUUGGUGGCAGCAUACAGGUACCUUAAAGCUAAAGCCAUAUUGGUAAAACCUAAAAACGACGAUUUGUUGUAUGCUAUAGCUAAUAUCUAUAAGGUAACUAUUGAGGUAGUUAAUGCUGGAACACUUGAAUCAAGGAUUAUAAGGCCAUUACACUGCAAAUCAUCUGAACGUCAACAAAUUAAAGGGUUAUUUAUCGGGUACACUAGAAAUAGUCGCUUUGUUUCCCUUCGAAAACUGCCAGAACCAAAAGUCACGAUCGAUGAUUUACCAGCUGCUGGAUCUAUUACACAGAGCAAGGAGAGACCAAUCAAGAUAUGUCACAAUGACACUGUUGGAAAUAAAACAGAACUAGAUAUCACAAAUCCUCGCCAGACUGUCAUAAGUAUAGGAGAUAACCAAACAAACGUUUUAGAUUGUGAUGAUGUGUUUGAAAAGAUCACAACAAUUACAGUUGGAACUAACAACGUCCAACAAAUUAGGUGUAAUUUACGAACUCCAAAAGAUGUACUUAAAUGCGCAAAAUAUUUUUACGAAAACAAAAGUGAAUUUGUAGGUGCUGAAAUUAAACUCAAAAUAACUUGCAAAGGAGAUGGUACAAAGGACACGAGUGACUACGAAGACUUAAUAUUUAAAAAUCUUCAAUCUAAUUUAGAUGAAUUUCAAAGUGAAUUGGAUGCUGUUUUAGAUGUUGAAGUAGUAAGAGUUGAAAAAGGGUGCAUCCUGUUAACAUUUAAGUCAAGGUCAAACGAAUCGGCAGUAGAAUUACCCGUCAAGUUCUUUUCAUCGGAAUUCGAAACCUUGAUCCGGUUCAUGCUACGGUCUCUUGACAUGGAAUGCUUUAAUCUUAUACAGUUUGUUAUGCUUCUCGAAAUCAAAUUUCAUCAAAGAGAAUGUGUCUUUGACGAAGGAAAUAAAAACGAAUCAACCACACGCUAUUCAGAUGGUUCACAUUGUAAUAAGAAAACAGGUUAUAUUGGAACAUUUGGGAUGGAAAAGGAACUCAAUAAAGGAAUUUGUAUAACUGUAAAACCUAAGAAAGAUAUUUUAAAUACAAAUCCUCGCCUAAGUGAUAUACCAGAACACUUAGUAAAGGCUGCCUUAACAUCUAUCAAUAAAGAGGGAAUACUGAAGCCCAACACUGAAGUCGAUGUCACGCUGAAGAGGAUAAAAUGUAAACACAACAAUCCAACUAUAAAAGUACGACCUUUGAGUAACCAAAAGGGUAGCACAGACAAUAAAGGCAAACACAGAAAACUGCGUUACUUUGCGUUACAUGAUGAGCUUGAUUAUCAGGAGGUUGGUUAUAUGACGGGGAUCAUAAAGGGCAAAAAUGGUCUGGUAGCAACAGCAUUCAGGGCAGGUCAUGACUUUGUUUUGACUACGUACCACUUUGUUUCUGCUACUGACCAAGAUCAAAUUGAAGUGGUUUUCAAAGAUGAAAGGAGGGGCAAAAGGCUGAAGCUGAUAUUUUUCAAUAAAGAACUAGAUGUAGCAUUGCUGGAGAUACAAAGUCCAUCAAAGAAAGUGCAAUCUGUUUUGUAUAUAACAGAUGCAAGUCCGGGUGAUGACAUUUACAUUGUUGGGCAUACUUCUAAAAACAAGUUGAAAAAGGAACGAACAACAUGCCUUAAUUGGAGAAAUAUUGAUAUGUCGUCAGAUUGCGAAAAAUACAUAUUGUUUCAUUCGGAGAAAUUUGGGGAAGGGUCAUCUGGUGCACCUUGUGUAAAAAUCCAUGACAAUAAACUAUGUGUGGUUUCGAUUCUGAUUGGUGAAUUAAUUGGCGCCAAAAAUAGCAGAGCUGCACAUUUAGGUGUAAACAUGAUGGCUCUGUAUAGUCUUAUGUUAAAGCAAGACAAAGACCUUUGUCACUCAGUUUUUCAAGUAGUUGAUAAUAGAGUUGAUACGUGCUAUUGUAAGGAAGCGGAGGACAUUUUUGAUUUCGUAAACUCAAGAGCAUCGUAAUAUAUAUUAGGGUGUUUUAGUUUCUUUGUAGGCUGUAAGCAUCCAAUGAUUUGUAUAAAUUUCGUUUUUUUAAUGUACAUAUUUUAUACAGAAGACUACCAUGUUUAUGUGGCUAAUCUCCAAAACUGUUUCUGAGGAUUUUAUACGCACUUGUAAUUACUUAUAAUUUGCGUCCUUUUGCUUCCAUUAAUGACCACUAAUAAGCAAAUUGCUGACUUCGAAAAUUAUCAAAGUUUUUUUUUUUUCGUAGCAGACGAUCAGCAUCACCUCAGAGGAAUAUUUGUUACAGAUACAUUAUGAAUUGUGGCUUUUAGAACAAAAAUUUGAAACUUGAAUACUGUUGCAUGUACCAAACGUUAACUUUACGGAUUUGUCAAAUGCUUAUUCCCUGGAUCAUGGUGGUUAUCCAAAUUAGUUUUACUUUGCAGCAAAGAAAUAAAAUGCUUAAAACGAAUCAUUUUCGAGAUAUUUUAAUAUUUAUUUCUUUAAAUGUCCUUAAGGUGUGAAGUUUCCUUCGUUGAUUCUACUAACAAUGCGUAUAAUUGUUGAUAUAUGCCCUAUUUCUUACUUUGUUAGAUCACAAUUUUGUUUGUUUGUUCGUUAACGAUAAUAUUAAAGCAUUUUAUGUACACAUCGUCAUACUUUAGAGUAUGGUUAUGAUUUAUAUCAAUAGUGUAUGGGAGAAUGUACAAGUAACCAAUGAAGUAUGGAGUAAAUUUUAUAUUUCGUUUUUUGUUCCACAUUUCGAAAAAAGGAAUUAUCGAGCUGCUUCCAUAACACUUUAGUCGGUGUCGACGUUGGCCUUGGUUAACAUUUAAGUUAAAGUCUGUUUUCUCAGAAACUAUUAAGCUAAUCACUACAGACUUGUUAUGCUUGUGUAUGGUCACAAACGAAGAAAAAAGGAUAUACGCAAAUCAAUUUCCCGAAUAUGAGAAAGAGUCGUAACUCAAUUAGAAUUAUUUUCUUUGCUUAGGAUGAGUUCUCUCGCUUUUCAAGCUUGUCAACUUUUUGGUAGUCCAAUGAAGCUUAUUUAUUUUUUCUAGCAUAAUUUAUUUUAAGUAACAAAACAAAACUAGAAGGACAUAUAAGUGCAUUUAUAAGUCAAACUUUUGUUUAACAAAAUAAAUACCUUAUCGGUAACAAUUACAAUUUAGAUAACACUCAUUCAUAAUAAAGAUUCUAAGCAUACCAAACUGCAGUGGGACUAUGUUCAGGCCUUCGCCUGAAGUAAUAAAAGUCAAAACAAGUUUACAUCAAUCUUUUAUUGUUCUUUUUUAAUAAAAUUUUAUUAAAAAAAAAUACAGACCAUAGCAUCAAUUAAAGUAUACAAAGCUAUAUCUUUUUUGAGUGGUGUUUACAAAAUUUUUGUUUCAAUAUUAGAAAAAAAGCAGUUCUUGUAAAAAUUGUGUGGAAGAAAUAUUUCCUUUUCAGCCAAAGGCGCAUGCACAAAAUUAUCGUUUACGGUCACAAUCCUACUAUGCAUAGCAGAUUAAUAAUUUGUUCCAGAGCAUUUCAUUUUGUUUACGAACAAUAUUCUAUGAGGUAAAUAACAAUAAAACAAUAACAAUAAAAAAUUUGUGUUAAAACUCUUUUGUAAUGCACCAUAAGAUAAUGGAAGAAACCGGUUUUUAAUGUUUUUAAAAUAAUCUUAAAUUUUAUGGAAGUAUGUCGUCCAAUUUAGCGUUUUACCCUUUAAAAUCAAGUUAGAUUAAAACAGUUAUUUUAUUAUUCUGCUACGACUGUUAUAUAACACGUCUUAAUUCUCAAAAGAUGGACGGUAUGUAGCCAAAUCUAAAAUAAGAUGCACUAUUUCAUUCCUGAAGAAUUACACAUUACAAAUCGCUUUUAAAAAUGACGUUUUAUUUUUUAAGCAGGUAUUUUCUUAAAAGUGUAAAUAAUAUACCGUUUCAAAUAUUUAGUAAUACAAAGUAUAAUGUUCUACCUUUUAAAUAGGACACAUAUUUAUUCACAUUAUAUGUAUAAAAAGUUUUCUUUACUAUGUGUAUGG